AUGGAUGCAGUUGUUCGCACUAAACAGGCUAGUCAGUCUCCUAUUGUUCGGCAAUUGUGGAAACUCUUGGUUCAGCAGAUUAUGUCACUGUCCACCCUGUUGCAACAGAUUCUCAGUAGCCCGAAUGCUCAACUGCACAUUGAUCGGCUGUUGGACACCUUUGCAGCCUCUACGUUAGUCAAAUACAUGAAUGCUUUGCGGCAGUUCUUCCAGGUGUGCAUGGAUCUCAGAGUGGAUUUGGAAACGAUUGCCGGAGUUCAGCUGGCAGAUGUUUUCCUGGCUUGUAGACUUUCUAGAUCCACUGCUCAUGGGAUGGCCCACGUGAAUGUCAUUGUCAAAGCAGUGCGCUGGGCAUAUCGAACUUUGCAAGUCGAUUGUUUUUCCAUAGCACUGGGGUCAGUUAUUUCUUCAUUUCAUAGAACAGAGGCAGGUGAUCGGCGGGAAAGCCUCCCAUUUUCCUUGUUUGCCCUCAUGCAUUUUGAACGACGGAUUCUGAUGCGGGAGUGCUUGGACCAUGAAGUGGUGACACUGGGAACGUUUUUGUUCCUUGCCUUUUCGUGCCUUCGGUUUUCGGACGUGCAAAGGACAUCGCCAUCAUCCCUGCAUUGGAACGGUGAUACCCUCAGAGGAACCUGUUGGCGAACCAAGACCAGUCGGGCUGGCCAGCCUUUUGGCUUGAUUGGAUGUGGCUUUCUGUCCAAAGGGACAUUUACCUGGUUAUUCAAAUUUCUCACAGUGUUGGAUCAGAUUUUUGCUUUGCAUGGUGAUGGAUCAGAGGCGCCCCCCGAUCCCAUCGAUUUGCUUGAGGAUGAGAAGCCAUCUGAAUCGAGCGCUGAAUCGUGCAACUCCACCGACAUUGACCCAGGUAACCCUCAGCGGACCUCCAGUGAGCGACACGUCAUUCUUUAUCAUUGCAGCAAACUCACAGCUUAUCGCCAAGGUGAUGGAAUUGGAGCGCCUUAUGAGCUUGCUAAGGACCACAGUGAGGCUCACUUGGAACACCAGUUGUGGGAGUUGCGUGAGCAGUACCGCUGCAAUUUCCAGCAGUUCAAAAGCGCCGAGGCAUGGAUGCAGUUGUUCGCUACUCAACAGGCUAGUCAGUCUCCUAUUGUUCGGCAAUUGUGGAAAUUCUUGGUUCAGCAGAUUAUGUCAGUGUCGACCCUGUUGCAACAGAUUCUCAGUAGCCCGAAUGCUCAACUGCACAUUGAUCGGAUGUUGGACACCUUUGCAGCCUCUACGUUAGUCAAAUACAUGAAUGCUUUGCGGCAGUUCUUCCAGGUGUGCAUGUAUCUCAGAGUGGAUUUGGAAACGAUUACCGAAGUUCAGCUGGCAGAUGUUUUCCUGGCUUGUAGACUUUCUAGAUCCACUGCUCAUGGGAUGGCCCACGUGAAUGUCAUUGUCAAAGCAGUGCGCUGGGCAUAUCGAACUUUGCAAGUCGUGCCCCCCGAUCCCAUCGAUUUGCUUGAGGAUGAGAAGCCAUCUGAAUCGAGCGCUGAAUCGUGCAACUCCACCGACAUUGACCCAGCCAUGGAUCUAUCUCAGAUGUUGGCUUCUGCAAAUGUCAACCCUUUGCAUGCAGAUCAUUUGAUCCAAGAUGGUUGGACAGCUUCGCAUUUUGCACUUUUAGCUGACGACGGCAGUCAGUUUGAUGCGGCCAUUCUGGAGAUUUUUCCAGAUAAACUGGAGCCCUUGGAAAGGGCAGCUUUAAAGCUGGCGUGGACAAAAUGCCGACAUCCUGCUUCAGGAUCAGCGCCGGAAGGUGCAGCAUCUCUGGAUAGCGUCGCGUCAAACUCCUGGUCGGAGACUUUUGCCUCCAAAUUGACUCAAGCAGUAGUCAGCCAAUUGAAGACAACUUUCAAAACGAAUUAUCCAGCAGAAGUUCUUCUACCUGAGAAUACUCCUAGCCUACGCUUAUUGUCAACCAUAGUUCACCGGAAGUCGAAGCUUGAUUUCCGUCGGAUUCCCUGGAAAAUUCGUCUCAGUGCUGCGAAGAGUGAUGAAAUCACAACCUUGAAGUCGUCUCGACUCGCUAAAUCUGCAGGACUCACCUUGCAUACAAUGCUUUUGGAUGAUCCCCCAUCGUUAGAAGUAUCGAAUGGGGCUUUUGGCAUGCAUGCUCUGCGUCAAAUGUUUGAAACAUUCGCCAUCGGUAUGGCUAUGGCAGAAGUGGCCCACCUAUCUUCUUUGAAGCAGUACUAUUUGAAAUUCCUCCAGUUGAUGAGUCAACGUUUGGAGCCAGACACGGGGCUGAGACCCGUGACUAUUCUUGAAGCUCAGGAGGCAGACAAAACACUGAUGACAGUUGUGGCUGAUCUUGUUUUGGAAAGGCACUGGACGUGGGAUGACGCUUUGUAUGAAGUUACCUACAUCAGAGCAGAUCUGAUGUCCAUGCCACAGCCUAGGCCACGCUUGCCUAAAACUGCGGCCUCUACAUCUACGGGGUCACAGUAUGGCAAAGGGCCUGUGGUAAGUCGCAUGGAGCUCAGCAGCAUGCAGCUUCCCCGCAAUGAUCUAGCAAAGAGAUUGCGAGGACACCCCAUGUGCCCUGACAACCACUCGGCAAUGGUGCUCUUGCUCCGGCGUAUCGCUGACAAACAGCCGAGUAAGUGCGUACAGGGGCCCUGGCAUUCCUUCGAAUACGAUAACUGA